AUGCUAUCUCUUUCAGUAUUGACGUUGAGCGCUCUGCUCCCUGCGCUAUCCAGCGCACAACGCAUUCGUUCUGACCCCGGUGUUGCCGGCCCACCUCUUGAAAUUGUCCAUCUCUACAACGAUCAAUGGCCUACCGGUAUCACCGUCUCAAAAGGCGGUCGUAAAUUCUCAAACUACCCAGCAGGUCUUGAUCCCAACAACACCAACACAGGCACCAACAACAGACAUGCCGUAGCAGAGCUCACCUCCAACGGCACCGAAACACCGUACCCAAGCGUAGAAAUCAACAACCCACCAAACGGUGCCAUCAACUACACGACCACCCCACCAACAGGCGCAAACUACCAGGACUACCUCAUCGGCGUCCAAAGCGUCGUCCUCGAUCCCCUCGACCGACUCUGGAUCCUGGACACAGGCCGCGCAUUAACCGAAGAAGGCACCCUCGUUCUGGCAUCCCCUGGCGGUCCCAAGCUCAUCGGCGUAGACAUUGAAUCCGACACGGUCAUUCAAACUAUCGUUUUCCCACCCACAGUCGCAUACCCAGACUCGUAUCUCAACGACGUACGCUUCGACCUGCGUCCUCACAUCACCGAUUCUGGCAAGGGCGUCGCUUACAUCACCGACUCCUCAUCCGAGGGCCGCAAUGGAAUCGUCAUUGUAGACCUAGGCACAGGCGAGAGCUGGCGCCACCUCGACGGCGCACAAGAGUCAAGAGCGGAGCGUGGAUUCGUGCCAUACGUCUGGGGCGAACCGAAAUACUACAUCCCCGGUCCUGGUCUACCACUUACCACCGUUCCGCUAGGCAGCGACGGUAUCGCCUUGUCUGCUGAUGGGGAACACCUGUACUUUGGUCCUGUUGGUGGACGCACUCUCUACAGUAUUCCCACGGAACGUCUGCGGGACCGCAGUCAGGCGUCUGAGCUCUUGGCGCUGGGUGCGGUGAAUAACCGGGGUGAGAGGGGUGUGAGCGAUGGGUUUGAGACGGAUACGAAUGGGUUCAUCUAUGCGGGGAAUAUGGAACAGAAUGAGAUUGGGUUCCAUAAUCCGAAGAAUGCGUCUAUGACGUUGUUUGUGAGGGACCCGAGGAUUAGUUGGGUUGAUACUAUGUCCGUUGGAAGCGAUGGGUAUCUUUACUUCACCGACAACCAGCUUGCUUUCAGUUCGUCGUUCUAUCCUGGUACGGACGAUAGAGUGAGACCCUUCGUGCUGUUUAGGGCGCCUUUGCCUAACAACGGAUCGAGAGUGUUCUUGCAGUAG